AUGGCCGACCAAAAACUUAUCGUGGUUCUCGGUGCGACUGGAAACCAAGGCAGCUCUGUUGUCGACACUUUUCUGAAAGACGCGGCAUGGCGGGUUAGAGGGCUUACUCGAAAUCCUUCCAGCGCAAAAGCCAAGGCACUGUCUGCUCGCGGUGUCGAAGUUGUCCAAGCAGACAUGGAUGAUGUUUCCAGCCUCUCAGUCGCUUUUCGAGAAGCCAACGCUAUUUUCGUUGUGAGCGACUUUUGGGGGAUAUACGGCGCUCUCGCUCAACAAGAGAAAGGCACCGGCGAGAAGCCGCUGAACAUGCUGGCGGGAGAAACUGAAUUACAGCAGCUAAAGAAUGCAAUCGACGCCGCUUCUCAAGUGCCCAGUUUGGAAAGAUUCAUUCUGUCUACCCUCUCUAAUGUGACGAAAUGGUCUGGAGGAAAGUACAUCCAUGUCUAUCAUUUUGACUUCAAAUCGCUCGCAUCUGCCUAUAUUGAAGACAAGCAUCCAGAACUGUGGGCGAAAACGAGCCUCUUCCAAGCAGGUCUAUUCUUAAGCACUUUUGUGGAUAGCCCAAGCUUUAUGCCUCGAAAGAUUGCGGAUGGAACCGCCCAAUUCACUACUACAAUGGCACCCGACGUCAAGUUCCCGUGGAUCGCCGCAGAAGAAGACACCGGACCAUUCGUCAAAGCUCUGGUCCAAGAAAAACCGGGCAAAAAUCUCAUUGCCUACAGAGAGUGGGCAACCCUGCGAGAAAUGGUGGGAGCUUUCCAAAACGCCUCCAAGACCAAGUCCGAAGUGGUGGUGGUACCUCGUGACGAAGCAAAUGAAUUCCUGCCGCCCGAUCUGAAGCUCGAAAUUGACGAGGGUUUUCUUUAUUUCGAAGAAUUUGGGUAUGAAGGUAGAGAUGACCCAACCGUCGUUCACCCAAGCCAGUUGAAAAACCCCCCAGAGUUGGAUACAAUGGAGCAAUAUUUCCGCAAAGUGGACCUUUCAAGAAUAUUCUCCGCCUAA